AUGGCUGGGUUAUGGGGUAUUUACACUGGAUUAGAAAUGGUUAUUGAUCUUGGAUACCAUAAUCUUGAGGUUGAGACUGACUCGAAACAAGCAGCAAACUGUAUUCUUAAAGGAAGCUAUACGAAUAUGGUGGUGGGAAACUUAGUGUGGAGUAUUAUUGAGUUGAUGAACUCAUUUGAUCGAGUGAAGAUCCAACAUAUCUACAGAGAGGCGAAUAACUGUGCUAACAUUCUUGCAAUGGAGGGUAAAAAGUUGAUUGGUGAGAGCAAGUUCUUUUCUGAGGCGUCUAUUUGGAUGCGGAAUUCUUUGAAGAAGGAUCAAAAUUCUGUUUGUGUUUCUAGGGUUAUUCCCUUGUAG